AUGCGUGCCACCGUCAUCUUCACCCUCCUCGCCGCGACCCUCGUCGCCGCCUCGCCCGCCCCCGCCCCAGCGGGCGACGACACGGUCGAGGUCCUCCAGAAGGACGGCUCCAUUGCGCGCGUGCCCGCCGGCCUGGUUGAGUACGGCAAGCACUCCGCCGACGCCGACGCCGAGCUUGACGCGCGCGGCGUCGACAAGCGCGCGUUCGACGUGUGGGACUUUGGCUGA